AUGGCUCGAGACGUAUCCAUGGAGAAGGAGUCAAUGACAAGUGAGGCUCUUAAUGCACCUGUUACUGCUCAACGAAGGGUUAGGGAUGACUUGGAAGAUUACAUUCCAAAGCCUUACAUGUCUAGAGCAUUGGUUGCUCCUGAUACAAGUCAUCCGCAUGGAACCCGUGGGCACAGACACAACAACUUGACAGUUCUGCAACAACAUUGUGCUUUCUUCGAUCAAGAUGGUGACGGCAUCAUUUACCCCUGGGAAACUUACAUGGGGAUGCGAGCACUUGGGUUUAAUAUUGUUGCAUCUGUCAUUAUGGCAAUUGGUAUCGCCUUGGCAAUGAGCUAUCCAACUCAACCUAAUUGGUUUCCUUCUCUGUUGUUUCCUAUUUACAUUCACAACGUACACAGAAUCAAGCAUGGGAGCGACUCCGGAACUUAUGAUACCGAAGGCCGAUAUGUAGCAGCAAAUCUGGAGAACAUAUUCAGUAAGUACGCUAAAACAAAACCAGAGCAUCUGACACUUGGAGAGAUCUGGGAAAUGACUGAGGGAAAUCGCGAUGCUUUCGACCCUUACGGCUGGUGGAGUGGGGGGAUUCUAUACAUUCUGGCAAGAGAUGGAGAGGGUUUCCUCUCAAAAGAAGCUGUGAGACGCUGCUACGACGGCAGUUUGUUUGAAUACUGUGCUAAAGUUCAGGCUGGCGUUCACUCCAAAACGACUUGA